GGUACGUUCUGGCAGGCGGAAGCCGUUGCCAUAGUCGCUUCGUCUUGCUGCGCCUAUCAACAGCCCGGCGAGUUUGAAUAGCUGCUGGCUUGCGGACGCCGUGGCCCGAUUCCGAAGAAGAGGUCUAGGCCCGGAGCAAGCGCGAUGAGUGUCGUUACUGUGAGCGACAGGUUUGUUGUGGUCCCAGUUCCAAAGGAUGGGGAAAACCACAGCAGCCAAGACGAUAACGUCAGUGGCGGAACUGAAAACAGCUGCGCAGAGGAGCAAGGUGAAGUUGUUCUUAACAAAGAUGCAAAGCCAUGCGGAGAUGGCAUCCCGAAAGAGGACAGCCCGUUCAUCAACAACACGGACGGAGACAAAGGGAACUUCUACGAUGGCAAGAACAUGGCUCUCUUUGAGGAGGAGAUGGACAGCAACCCGAUGGUGUCCUCGCUGCUCAACAAGCUGGCCAACUACACCAACCUCACGCAGGGCGUCAUCGAGCACGAGGAGGCCGAGAACGAGGAGGGCGCCAAGAAGAUGACCGUCCAGAGUCCACAGAUGGGCACGUUCAUCGGGGUCUACCUCCCGUGCAUGCAGAACAUCCUGGGGGUCAUCCUCUUCCUGCGUCUCACCUGGAUCGUGGGCACGGCGGGAAUUCUGGAGUCCUUCGCCAUCGUCUUCAUGUGCUGCGCUUGCACUAUGCUGACGGCUAUAUCGAUGAGUGCCAUCGCUACAAACGGUGUGGUACCAGCCGGCGGCUCGUACUACAUGAUCUCGCGCUCCCUGGGGCCGGAGUUCGGCGGGGCCGUGGGGCUGUGCUUCUACCUGGGGACCACGUUCGCCGGGUCCAUGUACAUCCUGGGCACCAUCGAGAUCCUGCUGACGUACAUCGUGCCGAACGGCGCCAUCUUCAGGGCGGAGCGGAAGCAGGACGAGCUGGCGGCCAUGUUGAAUAACAUGCGCGUGUACGGCACCUGCUGCCUGGCGCUCAUGGCCCUGGUGGUGUUCGUGGGGGUGAAGUACGUCAACAAGCUGGCGCUGGUCUUCCUGGCCUGCGUGGUGCUGUCCAUCAUGGCCAUCUACGCCGGCGUGAUCAAGACCGCCUUCGACCCGCCCGACUUCCCAAUCUGUAUGCUGGGGAACCGGUCCCUGAUGAACCUGGAAUUCGACAAGUGCCUGAAGACGGAGACGAUCGGGAACGAGACGGUGCCCACGGCGCUGUCGGGCCUCUUCUGCACCAACGGCAGCUGCGACGCGUACUUCAGGGACAACAACGUCACGGAGAUCCAGGGCAUCCCCGGGCUGCUGAGCGGGGUCAUCUCAGACAACCUGUGGUCCAGCUACGGGCCCAACAAGAUGGUGGUGGAGAGCAGCAGGCAGUCGUCCGUCACCCCCGAGGACUCCCCUGUGGACGUCAACAGGCCCUACAUCUUCAACGACAUGGCCACCUUCUUCACCCUGCUGGUGGGGAUAUACUUCCCUUCAGUCACGGGAAUCAUGGCUGGCUCCAACAGGUCUGGAGAUCUGAAAGAUGCCCAGCGUUCAAUUCCCACCGGAACUAUCCUCGCCAUAGCGACCACAUCCUUCAUCUACAUCUCCUGUGUGGUGCUGUUUGGUGCGUGCAUUGAAGGUGUGCUUCUGAGAGACAAGUUUGGAGACUCGGUGAAGAAGAACCUGGUGGUGGGCAUCUUGUCCUGGCCCUCCCACUGGGUGAUCGUGAUUGGCUCGUUCUUCUCCUGCUGCGGGGCGGGGCUGCAGAGCCUCACCGGCGCCCCCCGGCUGCUGCAGGCCAUCGCACGCGACGGCAUCAUCCCCUUCCUGCAGGUGUUUGGUCAUGGUAAGGCUAAUGGCGAGCCCACCUGGGCUCUGCUGCUGACUGCGGGGAUCUGUGAGAUCGGCAUCCUCAUCGCCUCCCUGGACGAGGUGGCGCCCAUUCUGUCAAUGUUCUUCCUCAUGUGUUACCUCUUUGUGAACCUGGCGUGUGCCGUUCAGACCCUGCUCCGCACCCCAAACUGGAGACCCCGCUUCAAGUUCUACCACUGGACUCUGUCCUUCCUGGGCAUGAGUUUGUGUCUCUCCCUGAUGUUCAUCUGCUCCUGGUACUACGCCCUGGUGGCCAUGGUGAUCGCCGGGUGCAUCUAUAAGUACAUCGAGUACAGAGGGGCGGAGAAGGAGUGGGGCGACGGGAUUCGCGGUCUGUCCCUCAACGCCGCCCGCUACGCCCUGAUUCGCCUGGAGGAGUCUCCACCCCACACCAAGAACUGGAGGCCGCAGCUCCUGGUGCUGUUGAACCUGGACGCAGACCUGGGGGUGAAGCACCCCCGCCUGCUGUCCUUCACCACGCAGCUGAAGGCGGGGAAGGGCCUGACCAUCGUGGGCUCCGUGCUGGAGGGCACCUACAUGACCAAGGACUCCGAGGCCAAGUGCUCCGAGCAGAAUGUGAAGUCGGCCAUGUCCCAGGAGAAGACCAAGGGCUUCUGCCACGUGGUGGUGUCGUCUAACCUGCGGGACGGCUUCUCUCUGCUCAUCCAGUCGGCCGGGCUGGGGGGCAUGAAGCACAACGCCGUGCUGAUGGCCUGGCCUGCCAGCUGGAGGCAGGCGGAGAGGGACUCCUCCUGGAGGAACUUCAUCGAGACGGUGCGGGAGACCACUGCGGUGCACCUGGCCCUGCUGGUGGCCAAGAACAUCGACACGUUCCCCACCAAUCAGGACCGGCUGGGCGAGGGCACCAUAGACGUGUGGUGGAUCGUGCACGACGGCGGCCUGCUGAUGCUGCUGCCCUUCCUGCUGCGCCAGCACAAGGUGUGGCGCAAGUGUAAGAUGCGCAUCUUCACCGUGGCCCAGAUGGACGACAACAGCAUCCAGAUGAAGAAAGAUCUGCAGAUGUUCCUGUAUCACCUGCGGCUGGACGCUGAGGUGGAGGUGGUGGAGAUGCACGACAGCGACAUCUCGGCCUUCACCUACGAGAAGACGCUGGUGAUGGAGCAGCGCUCCCAGAUGCUGAAGCAGAUGCAGCUGUCCCGGACGGAGAGGGAGAGAGAGGCCCAGCUGAUCCACGACAGGAACACGGCGUCUCACGCGGCUCUGAGUGACAAGGCGCAGGCCAUGGCUGACCGCGUGCACAUGACCUGGACCAAGGAGAAGUUCUGCGCUGAGCGCAACCGCAACCGCGAGGCCAACCUGGGCGUGCGAGACCUGUUCAACAUGAAACCAGAGUGGGAGAACCUAAACCAGUCCAACGUCAGGCGCAUGCACACGGCGGUGAAGCUGAACGAGGCCAUCGUCAGCAAGUCCCAGGAUGCUCAGCUGGUCCUGCUCAACAUGCCGGGGCCGCCCCGGAGCAAGGACGGGGACGAGAACUACAUGGAGUUCCUGGAGGUGCUGAUGGAGGGGCUGAACCACGUGCUGCUGGUGCGGGGGGGUGGGCGUGAGGUCAUCACCAUCUACUCCUAACGCCGUG